UUGUCCAUUCUCAGGCAUUGGCUUACUGUGACCCAAGACACUACCCUUUCGUCCAGCGAUCAACUAGUGAGCAUAAGAACUCGUUCACAGAAGUUGAAGUCGAAUUCAACUCCUCGUGCCAAGGUUGAAUCGUCCAAACUCAAUACACACUCCAGCAGUGAGGUUGACAACUCGACCACGAAAGAACUUUCUGCGAGGCAACAGGCGAGCCACGAUGGUCUUAUCAGGGACUACCGCACUACUGACGCCCAAGAGAGAUCUCAACUAUCUCAGACGGUACAGAGUGGAAUACAAACCGGCAUGGAUCAAAUCGCCGGUUAUGUCAAAAGCGUCUUGGUACGACCUGCCCAGCCACCAACGCCAGCGGACGUUGAAAGACUCACAAAACAGCUGGAAUCCGAGGAAAGUCGGCACAAAAACCUCAAAACCAAUUACGAAAAGCUGGUUGAUAUGUACAAUCUUCAAAAGAAGGAACUCCAGAAGGUACACACACGACUUCGAGAUUCUGAUCAGGAGACAGAUCGACUGCGCAGACUUCUGAAUGGUGGUAGCUUCGACAACCCGAACAAGCUAGCCGACGAUGCAUUCAAGAGUGAAUGGUCCAAGAUGGCUUACAACAUUAGGUGCUUGGUUCAUACACUGGAUGGUACUUGGUCAAGACAAUCGCUCGACGACGAAGUCACGCGGCGGCUACGACGUGUUUCUAAAGAUCAUCAGAAACACUACCAGUAUCCAGAUUUUCGCAUUUCCCUCAUGCAAGGCCGCCUAUGGAUUCUUAUUCAAGAUAUUGUAUUUGACACCAAACAAGAAAUUCGGGGUGGACCUGGCGUAGAAACGCUCAAAGCUACGAGAGAAAGCUUUAUCGCACAUAUUGGAGAAAUAGAAGGCAAGUUGGAGACUGAACCGUCUGUUGCUCUCAUCGCAGGAUGGUUAUACCGAGGUUACCCAAUAAUGGGCAAGCUCUAUGGCAACGACAGCAUUGACGUCAAACGUGUGGUGGACUUGGAGACCAAACGCCUGCGACCUUUUAUGGCGGAUAGUCAACCCAGAACUGACAGGACUGAUGACAUGGUCUCGGGCCAGCUAAAGGACAUCAUUGACUCUGCUAUUGAGCUCGAUCAAAUUAUGAUGAGUUCCAGGGCAAUCUACGAGGUUCACUGGGGGGACCGAUCGCAAGAGCCAGGUAACUUAGGGCGAUGGAACCCAGAAGCCAUGGAAGCUGACGUCUGGGAGCAUAAGAUAUCCCCAAGGAGCCGUGUCCUGUUCCGUAUCUCGCCUGUUCUUUACAAAUUUGGCGCAAAUGAUGGUCGGGGAUAUGAUUCAUAUAUGGUUCUGGCCAAGGGCAUUGUAGUUUGCGAUUAG